AUGGCGGGACCAAAGAAAGGAGAGCGCCCAGACAUGGAUGCCAAAAAAGAGAUGGACCGCGUGCAGCACAAGGCCAACACGCUUCCCCAUCUCGCCGAGGGCACUCUCGGGACGGUGAUUGCGACGGAAAAGAACCAGGCUUCGGAUGGCCAGGGUGCUAGGAGCUGGGAGAUUCUCCUCCCCAACCUUGUGACGUCUGUCUCGCGCGGCGAGGCAGCUGCAGACGGUGGCCCCGUGACCAAGAUCAAGUACUUCAAGCCUUGCGAGAGGGAUGACCGGCACAGUGCCACCUUCUGCCAGGCGCCCACCGAGAGCUUCUCAUGUGAGCGUUGCGCCGACAGCAGGUUAGGGCCGGGCGAGUGCUCUCGCACCAUGCUUGUCUUUGCCGCGGGAGUGUGCACGCGUGAGGGCGUACAACCUCACGGCGGCAUCGGCAUCGUGACCAAGGACACGGUACACUUCCACGAAGCCAAAGUCCAGGAGCGCCUCCUAGCCGCCGCGGACAGGCUGUACGCUAACCCGAACAAGAAGCCCACCGACGAGAUGCGCAAGAUGGACAUUUUCCAGUCGGGCCUCGACAAGCCCGCUCGCGGCCAUAGCCGCGAACUUGUACCCGGCGGGAACGGAGAACUCGCCUGCCUGUUUGGCGUCGUCGAGUCGCGGUAUCAGCCAUCGUGGAAGACGGUAGGCGACAAAACCAUCAACGAGGAGCUCUAUGGCACGUGGCUCAAGCCGCAUGCCACGGUGGAGGCGGGCCGGAAGAUGAUGUCGAUGGAAGUCGGCGGCGAGGCAACGGUCGCGGCUGGGGCAAAGGAGGUGGCCGAGGAGGUGGGGAAGACGGCGGGCGAGAAGAAAGUAGCCAAGGGCGAGGACGACGAUGAACAGACCUGCGAGGCAGAUAUAACUUCGGACUCCCGUGGUUGA